AUGCCUCUUGAUGCUCCAACGCUGAGAAAGAAGCUGAGCCGGACGUGCGACGAGGGGGCCCGGGCGCUCCUCAGCAGCCUCCUCCUGUAUGUGUCCGAGUGUGCAGAUGGGCCCCCAAGGCCCGAGGACAGGGCGCACGGCGCAGGCAGAACACCCCCGUCCCAAGAGGCCAGCCGACGGCCUACACGUUUCCAGCUUCUGCAGGCCAAGUUCAUGGGCACUGGCCGAGAGCCCUACCUCAAGAGGACCCGGGAGGUGGGCCGGCUGAUCUCCAAGGACAAGCAGGGCCCUGGCAGGAGCCUCGUAAGUGCCACCAUCAACAGACUCAUGGAGAAGACCAAGGAGGGAGCCAGCAGCCCUGGCCAUAGACCCCUACCUAGCGAGAAGCCUCGCUGGGGUCCCCCUGGCGGGAAGAGCAUUGUGAAAAACAUCGUAAAGAAGUUGUUGGCUGUGGAUGAAAAGGAGAAAGACACAGGGGACAAGCCCUCUGCGCAGCAGCCUGGAUCUAUUAGAGGCCUCCUGCCAAGGAUUGUGGGCAGGAGCUCCAUCCUGUCCAAGCUGAAGGAGAAGUUUGAGCAGAGCAGCUGCCUGCACUCCGAGGCCAGUGUACUACCACUGCACAGGGCGGGGCGGAAAAGCAGGAGCCAGCAGAGGAAGAAGGUGCACAGGCCGCAGGUGCGAGUACUACACACAGCCACCAUGGCCCCCAGCUUCACCAGGACACCCCCGCUCCGCUUUCUGGCCUGCACCGCCGAGCCCCUGCCCGCCCUCAGCAUUGCCACCAUCGUCUGUGGCCCCCAGAGUUGGCAGUCUCAUUGUGCGAAAAUCAGUCACUUAGAUUCCAGGCGGCAUCCCCAGAGAGAGACCAGCAUGUCCUCCACUUCGGGGGACAGGACGGCGCCCCUGAACGGGGAACCCAUAGGACAAUUAGAAUCUGCGACCAUCUCCGAGCCCCAGGCAGACACACAUAGCUUCGGCCUCAUGGCUCCCAGCUCGGAGUGUGGCCCCCCGCCAGGCUCUUGCUGCAUCUCCCUCCAGGGCAAAGCCCUUCCUGGCCCUGUGCCCGUGCUGUCUUCUUCAGCCAGCCCUGGGGAUGCUGCAGCGCCAGCUGCUGGGAACAAGACACAGGGGUUGGCAAGCCACGGCCAGGAUGCAGGAGAGGCCCCUGAAAUUACCAUGACCAUGUGCAGUUCUGAAGAUGAGGCAGACAGAGCACCCACAGAUGCGGAGAGCCAGCCCCUCUUCGCCAUGCAGUGGCACCUUCCAGAACAGGAGGCAACAGCAUGGAUUCCCCCACUGGACCCUGGAGCAGACCAGGCCGCGCAGCAAGCGCAGCCUGCCAUUGAGCCUGCACAGACAACCACACAGCUUCCCGUUGUCCACAAGAUGCCAGCCCCUCUCCUUCUACCGCCAAGGGCAUCUGGUCACAAGCUCAAGGGCUCCUAUGUCUCUGGAGGGGAGAAUGUGAUUGAAAGGAUUCCGGCAGCACUUGCUCCUGGAGCUGAGGACAAGGAGGGCCACCAGUACCAGGGGACAUCUACACCAGAGAUCCUCGGUGCUGCCAAAGAGCAAGGACCACAGGGGGACCCCAGAGAAGCAGCUCAUGCAGACCGUGACAUCCCGCAGACGGGCCUAGAGCCAGCACCUUCUGAAAGCCCUUGUGGGAAGGGUACCCCACUGGGCCUCAGGAAUCGCCACAGUGUCUCAGGGCAGAGUGCGGAGUCCAGUUGGAAGACCCAUCCAUCGACUGAAACAAAUGAAACACCAGCAUCUCUCAGCGAGGCCUCACCCGCCCACCCCACCCCACCAAAAAGCCACUCGAGACCGAGAGCUGUCCAGCUGGAGCUGUCCUCCUUCAUGCUGGCCCUAACACAGGGCUGUACAAGGCCUGAGGAGUCUACUACAACAAACAAGAGCAUUCUGUGUGGGCAGGAAGAGGGCAGAAGGCCCGUGGUGGAGUCCAUUUUGCCCCCAAGGAUUGAUGAGAAAAACAUCAGUGGUGAUUUGGACAAGGACAGACAGUCCUCAUCUGAUGAGAUACCCAGUGCAGGCACUAAUGCCUCUGGAGAAGCAAUGGCCACAGGAAAUGUCACCAGACCCACAGUGCUACAGCCAGGUGGAGCCGCAGAAGGGCAGUUCUCGGGAGACACUGCAAGGCCUCUGCCACUGGCCAGGGAAGCCCCGACUGCUUGGCCCGGGGACACUGCCCACACCAGCCUGGUGCCUGCCAAUCCCCAACUGUGUGCUCCAACUCAGCCGGCAGCCAGCAAAUGCAGUGCAGGAGCAGACGGCAGGAACUCAGCGAUGGCAGCAAAUGCUCUGCGUGACAACACGGUGUCCCAAAGUCCGCAGAAGAGGUCUGAGGGGCUCCUGAGCUCCAACCGCGGCCAGCCACCUUCUGUGGGUCCACCAGCACCAAGCCCAAGGGGCCUGGGGCUGGAACCCCACCCUGGCCUUGGUGCCCCAUCCCCCAGUGCUUAUGCUCUGGUGCCUGUGCUGGGGGUGGAGCCUCUGGAUCCGGGACAGCAGGCAUUGCCCAGGGCUGCCCCCAAGGCAAAGAGCCUGGGACCUGGGGCCCAGGUGGACCAGCAGGUGCCAGAUGGCAGCCAGCUCAGGCUGGAGGAAGCUGGUGCAGGGCACCAGGCUGGACAGCCAGAGGGGUCUGAAAAGCGGGGGGCAGCACCCUUGGACCAGAGGGCUGUGCUGUGCAUGACAGAGCCUCAGGCACAGGCUGCUCAGGACCUGGCGGGGGGUGAGAAGAUGCCAACGGUGGCAAAGCCCUGCCCACACAAGGCUCAGGGCCAGGAGCAAGCACUGGGGCCGUGUGGACGGCGGGCCAGCAGCCCAGCCCCGGGUGGCAGUCCCCAGGCUGGUGUGAUUCCAGCCACUUCAAGGAAGCUCAAAAGUCCUGGCAGCCUGGCUGUGCAAGGUCAGGGCCAGGGUCAGGGGCUGGCCGGUGGGAUGGCUGCCCAGGCUCAGGCACAGCUGGCCUGCACAGGGGAAGGGGUGCCCACCGCUGGUAUACCUGGGGAACCCCCGAGGCCAGCCCCCAGAGUCAGAGACCACGACAGCCCAGACAUUCAGGGCAGCCAGGGCGCCCAGGGCUCACCCAGAGGAAGCCAGCUCCAGGGGCACAGCCGGGCCCCAGCCUGCCCCCUGGAGCCAGGGGAUGGCUCUGCCUGGCCCAGGUCGGAUGCCAGGGGUCAGCCCUCCCAGGCCCCAGCUGUAGAGGGGCUCCCGAGCACCCCAGGGGCAGAGAGGGACUGGCCAGAUGGAGAGCAUCACAGGAGGCCCCUGCAUUACGCCAAGUACAAAGCCCAAAGCUUCAGCGACCAGAGAGCCUUUGACCUGUCCUUUAGACCCACCAUCCUUCGAGCCACCGACACCUUUGCACCCCCAAAAUGA